ACUAUUUCUACCGUUUUUUACUAUUUCUUUCUACUUUUGCCGACACAAACUCUCUCCCUGCUUUCUUUCUCUUUCUCUCUGUCUUCGCAUUGAUCUCUUUUCUUCGUCUUCUUGUGAGUCUUUAAUGGAGGAGAAAACCAGAACUGAUUCGAGUUGUCUCAGCUUUUCAUUUCUAUUUUUGUUUUCAUGGCGGUGUUGCAUGCGUUUUAAACUGAUAGAGUUUCAAGUAUAGAGCUCUGCUGAGUAGAAUGGGGCUGAACAGGGUUGAUUCUGUUUCUGCCUUCGUUGCUUUCGCUAUUUUUGUUACUCUACCUAUCGUCCUUGCUACAACUGAUGCUUCUGAUGUUCAAGCUCUUCAAGUUUUGUACACAUCGUUGAAUAGUCCUUCUCAACUAACCGGGUGGAAGUCCAGUGGCGGUGAUCCAUGUGGAGAAUCAUGGAAAGGAAUAACUUGUGAGGGGUCUGGUGUUGUUGCCGUUGUUGUUCCUGGGUUAGGACUUAGCGGGACAAUGGGAUACAUGCUUUCGGACCUUUUGUCACUCAGAACACUGGAUUUGAGCGACAACAAUGUUCACGAUUCUAUUCCAUAUCAAUUACCGCCAAAUCUCACAAGCUUAAAUCUUGCCACUAACAACUUAAGCGGGAAUCUUCCUUAUUCCAUUUCAAAUAUGGUUGCCCUCAAUUACUUGAAUCUCAGUCACAACUCGAUCUCUCAGUCAAUCGGAGAUAUUUUUGCAAAGCUUCAGGGGCUCGCGGUCUUGGAUCUGUCGUUCAAUAAUUUCAGUGGAGAUCUUCCAAAUUCUUUCAGUUCGUUGUCCAACCUUUCUACUCUCUAUAUGCGGAACAAUCAGUUAACAGGUUCAGUUAAUAUUCUUGCAAAUCUGCCUCUGACAAAUCUAAAUAUUGCAGACAAUCAUUUCAGUGGCUGGAUUCCUCAGGAGUUGAAUUCAAUUCCAAAUUUUAUAUAUGGUGGAAAUUCCUUUGAUAAUGGUCCUGCUCCUCCUCCGCCACCAUAUUCCUCACCUCCUCCUCGUAGAUCACAUAAUAAUGGUAACCAUUCUGGGCCAGGUACACAUGGAACCCAGGGCCCAUCAUCACAUCCAGGCAGUGGAAAUAAGAAGAAUGGUUUAAACACAGGACCUGUUGUGGGCAUAAUACUUGGUUCAGUAUUGGUUGUUCUAUGUCUGCUGCUUGCUAUUGUAUUUUGGCUUCGAAAAGGUAAAGUUGGGAAGCAUAGUAGUGCACGGGCUUCUAUUGGAAUUCCUUCAGCUGGGACUGAUAAAGGGUUGCAAUCACAAAGGGUCAAAAGUAUGGCUGUUGUAACAGAUCUGAAACCUUCACCUCCGGAGAAGUUGAUGGGUGAGAGAGUACCUGGGAGCAGUGGAUCUGGAAAGAGAGGGAAAUCUCCUAUUACUACUGCUACUUCAUAUACGAUAGCUUCUCUUCAAACAGCUACAAACAGCUUUAGUCAGGAAUGCCUUGUUGGUGAAGGUUCCCUUGGCCGUGUUUACAGAGGAGAGUUUCCUAAUGGAAAGGUUCUAGCCAUAAAGAAGAUCGACAGUGCAGCAUUGUCAUUGCAGGAGGAAGAUAAUUUUCCUGAAGCUGUCUUGAACAUAUCACGCCUAAGGCACCAGAAUAUCACAACUCUUGUAGGGUAUUGUGCAGAGCAUGGUCAGCGCCUCUUGGUUUAUGAAUAUAUUGGCAAUGGGACUCUGCAUGAUAUGUUGCACUUCUCUGAGGAUAGUAGUAAGAUGCUUUCAUGGAAUGCUCGUGUCAAGGUAGCACUUGGUACUGCUAGGGCUCUAGAGUACUUGCAUGAAGUUUGCUUACCUUCAGUUGUGCAUAGAAAUUUCAAGUCUGCAAAUAUUUUACUUGAUGAAGAGCUUAACCCCCACUUGUCUGACUGUGGACUAGCAGCAUUAACACCGAACACUGAGCGGCAGAUUUCAACUCAGAUGAUUGGUUCCUUCGGGUACAGUGCUCCAGAAUUUGCAAUGUCUGGAAUGUACACUGUCAAAAGUGAUGUGUAUAGCUUUGGGGUAGUGAUGUUAGAGCUUUUAACAGGUCGGAAGCCACUAGACAGUUUGAGGGUAAGACCUGAACAGUCUCUUGUCAGAUGGGCUACUCCUCAACUUCAUGACAUUGAUGCCUUGGCAAAAAUGGUUGACCCAGUGCUAAAUGGCAUGUACCCUGCAAAAUCUCUUUCACGUUUUGCUGACAUCAUUGCCUUGUGUGUUCAGGUAGAGCCUGAGUUCCGGCCUCCCAUGUCAGAAGUUGUACAAGCAUUGGUUCGGUUAAUGCAACGAGCAAGUGUGGUCAAAAGACGGUCUAGCGACGAAUCAGGGUUUAUGCACCGAAUGCCAGACUAUGAGGCUGUUGAGAUGUCAUUUUAGGUAAAUGGGAAUAAAGUAAAUAUCAUGUUACAGAUUACAUCUGGAAUCAUGAAUACGAGCAUGC